GACAGGUCAGGUGACCGUAUGGGAAGCCCGUGACCCACUGAACUAGAAAUACGUAUUUCUAGUUCAGUGCCGUGCCUUCGAGAUCGAUCAAGCUUCGAUUCGCUUCGGUACAUUUUAUCACACACACAGCUAAGCCUCAGGCUAAACGCUGCACCCACCCAUUCCAUUUAUUUACCCAAAUUCGCAUGUCAGGCAUUGUGUACAGCUACAAGAGUUUGAAGUGCAAAAGCAGCUAGCUUGGCCUGGUCCAGAUAUAGAGAUCACCGAAAAUCGAAAUGGCAGAUGAAUUUCUACCCAAACUUUUCAGCUAUAUUGAUGAGCACCAGGAGGACUAUAUCAAGCGUCUAGCCGAUGCAGUAGCCAUCAAGAGUGUGUCAGCAUGGCCGGAGACGAGAGGAGAGAUUACCAGGAUGGUCCAAAGUGUCGAAGCCGAGUUGAAAAAGCUUGGUGCGACAACAGAGUUGGUCCCAAUUGGUGAGCAGACUCUCCCAGAUGGAAGCAAAAUCCCCCUCCCCGAUGCCAUUCUCGGUUACCUUGGUAACGACCCAGCCAAGAAGACCGUCUGUAUCUAUGGUCAUCUGGAUGUCCAGCCUGCUAAGAGGGAGGAUGGCUGGGACACUGAUCCCUUUGUUCUGACUGAGAAGGACGGGAAGAUGUAUGGACGUGGAUCAACAGACGAUAAGGGACCUGUCCUGGCUUGGAUUAAUGUGAUAGAGGCAUACAAAGCCUUAGGGAGAGAUAUUCCUAUUAAUAUCAAGUUUUGUUUCGAAGGUAUGGAGGAAAGUGGUUCUGAGGGGUUAGAUGAGAUGAUUGAAAAGAGAAAGGAUACAUUCUUCAAGGAUGUUGAUUAUGUGUGUAUAUCAGAUAACUAUUGGCUUGGCAAGCAGAAACCUUGUAUCACAUAUGGUCUAAGAGGGAUCUGUUAUUUCUUCAUUGAGGUCGAGUGUGCCAAGAAAGAUCUCCAUUCCGGUGUCUUUGGAGGCUCUGUGCAUGAGGCCAUGCGAGAUCUGGUAACUCUCUUCGGCAGUCUUCAGGAUAACAAAGGCAAGAUUCUGGUUCCUGGAAUUUAUGACUCUGUCGUAGAGGUCACAUCGGAGGAGGAGGCCCUCUAUGGUCCGAUAGAUUUCUGCUUGGAGGAAUAUCGGAAGGACAUUGGCGCCAAUGAACUUCUACACAGCAGCAAAGAGAAGAUACUUCAACAUAGAUGGCGCUUUCCUUCCGUCUCUAUUCACGGGAUUGAGGGAGCAUUUGAUGAGGGCGGGGCUAAGACGGUCAUUCCGUGUAAGGUGACUGGAAAGUUCUCUAUCCGCAUCGUCCCCAACCAGACUCCAGAUGAAGUCAACAAGCUGGUGAUUGCUCAUCUCAAUAAAGUCCACGCCGAUACUGGCUCUCCAAACAUCAUGAAAGCGUCAUCUUACCAUGGUGGUGAAUGCUGGCUGAGUGAUCCAAGUCAUCCUCACUAUCAGGCUGGAAUCAAGGCUACAAAGAGAGUGCACGGAGUUACUCCUGAUAUGACAAGAGAGGGCGGUAGCAUCCCUGUUACGCUAUCUCUUCAGAAGGCAACAGGCAAGAAUGUCAUGCUCCUGCCAAUGGGGGCAGCAGACGAUGGUGCCCACUCACAGAACGAGAAGUUUGAUCGCUCAAACUACAUCAAUGGGGUCAAGCUCUUGGGUGCCUACUUUGAGGAAGUUGCCCUUUUGUAGGAACAACAGCUAGUUUCCAUGGCAACCAUUCCAUUUCUGUCAAGGCUUCCAACAUACUCCCCCCCCCCCUCCACCAAGACACACCACCUCCUAAACCAUAUCUCUUGAAAAUACCAUCAAAAGAGAGGAUGCUCCCGGAAUGCAAUGUGAUAAAAAUGUUGCAUAGUUUUAUUCGACUGAAAUUGAUAUUAGAACAUGGUUGAGAUUAUAGACACUGUGUAUAAUUGUCUUCCAUCAUUCCUUAUUUUAGCUUAUUUUCCAUUCCAUUAUGUCACAGUAGACAUAUGUGUUGGUAUUGUUGGAAUGCUCCCCAGGGAGUGGAGAAAGUGCAUAAUGCGGGCAAGCCAGGAUCUAAUGACUGGGGAAUGAUAUAUCUGUUAAGUGCUUAGAGAAGUUGUUGCGAUAUAUAAGUGCUAUAUAUUAUAAAAGAGUACACAUGUAUAUGAACAUUGUUGUGAAUAUCAUAUAUUGAGGAUAUAUCCUCUCCUUUUUUUUUCUACAAGUAACUCGGAUCAACUCAGACUUUUCUUAUUUUGUUUUUUAAACGAAAAAUUGUCUAGAUGUUGAAUAUUUUGCUGUGUUUGAGCUUUGAUGUAUUGAAUUGUUACUCUGUCAAUGUCCUCUGCUUCAAUACCUGCAUACUAAUAAUGGCAAACACAGCUUUGUAAUAUUUCUAUUUUUUCUCAAAUAAUUCAGUGGUUCUUGUGUUAUGCCUGCCAUAGAUGAUGCAGUACUAUCGUAUCUGUAAAUCAUGGUAACAUUUUAUGAGAAAUUUGGGAUUAAAUAUAACUUGAAAUGGACAUUUCCAUUUUCUUGGAAGAUAAAAAGCUCCUCUUAGAAUUAUCCACUGGGAGCUUAACUUCAUUUUGGUACAGUAUAGAUUAAUGCUCCCACAGCGGGAUACAGUAGUUGUGAAAUCCAUUCAUUUUGGUUUUCUUCCUAUAAUAUGCCAAUAUUUAUUCUGACUGUAAAGAAGCAUGGGCAGUGUUUCAUGAGCUUGACGCAAAUAAGUCGGUCAUUUUCGAUCUUAGCCAAUCAGGUUCAAGGAUUUCAGUAGCUUAUAACAGUUGCUUCAUGGAAGGUUUACAAAGGUCCUGUAACAAAGGUUAGCUCAAUGAAAUGGCCUAUCAAGCUCAUUGUUGCAUCCGCAUUUCGCUCAGUAGACUUACUAGGAACCAAUCAGAAUUGUUUUCUUCAAAUUAGGGAUUAAUUGCUAACGUUUGUGUUACUGGGCCCUGGUCGUGGACGAUUACUCUUAUCAAAAUUUGCGAAGUGAACUAAAAAGUCUCCUCCAGUUUGAAGUAUUUGUGAUGAGCAUAGGGCUGUGCAUUGCGAUUAAAAUAUCAUUUUUGUCUCUUUUGUGCAUUUUGAUUCAGGGUAGUGAUUAGAUUUAUUGAUGGCAUGUUUUAAUUGGUCCUAAUUUAAUAAAAUAAAAUUGUAUUUGGUGACACUUGUGUAUGGUUAAAAAAAAUCAAGCUCGUGUAGCGGUGCAAAUUCUAGAAAAUUGUCUUUUAACUAUCUCAGUGUGACAUUGAAACUGUUUAUCUGGUUUGAUAUUCUCAUUUCAUUGAUUACAGCUCUAAAACCCUUUCUGGAACUGUCUAUUCAAACUUUUUUCAAACAUCUUUGCCAAUCUAUUUAUAUAUUUUUCUCUGCUUCAAAAGAGCUUACUGUUUUUGUUUGAUAAAAAGAAUUUUGUUGUUGCAUAGAGUAAUUGUCGUUAAUCAAUAGUGUGUGUGGUUUCAUCUGGAUUAAAAUAAAACUUUAAAAUUAAAACAAAAUGUUCCACAAAAUUUGAGAUUAGAGGUCUUACCCCAGUAAUUUCAUUUAGUAUACUAGUAUAUAUAUAUAUAUAUAUAUGUAUGUUGUAAUACAUUAUGGCUUGUUGGUUAAAAUAGCAAUAAUAUCUGUACAGUUUGUUCCAAGAUUUGUAAUUGUGUAUUUCAAGAGAAGUGCAAUUCUUUACAUUUUUAUAUAACAAGGGGGUCCUGAAAAUUCUGUCUUGAUUUUGGAGAAUUGCAAUGCCUUAUAUUUGAAAGGUAAAUCAGUUAUCAAUCAUUUAUUAAAUCACUUAAUCUUUCGGGAUUAAACUUGGAAUGGUUACCAUACACAAUACAAUAUACCAUGGUAAUGUAAUUAAAAGAAAAUUUCAACUAUUUUUUAAAUAUAUAAUUCAAUUACUGUUCUAAUGUAGUAGGUAAAAAGGACAUUAUUUUACAAGUUCUAGGAAGUUUAUCAUGAAGCAAAUAGACAUUUUCACUGACUAAUGUGUUCUGAGCCAAUCAGAUGCAAGGAUUUCAGUAGCUUAUAACAGUUGUCAGUUGAAAUCAAUAUUUGUUUCAUGAAAUACCCCCCAGUUUUAGUAUUUAGCAUGAUAAGAAUGACUGUAUAUUGAAGAAUGUUCAUGCUUCAAAAGUCUGAGAAUUAAAUAAUCUACCAAUUUUCUUA